AUGGCACUUCGAGGUGGGGACGAAUUCGAUGACAUCCCCGAUGACGAACUCGAAGAGACACUUAUGGAAAGACUGGAAGGUCUUACGGAGAUGAUUCCAGCCAGUUUACGUAAAACCAUUACUAAUGGUGCUUCAUGGAGUGUAUGGGGAGUGAAAUCCCUUUGGUAUAUCGCUCGUCAAGCUGUCUGGAUAGGUGCCACAACGUCGCUCAUCAUGUUUAUGCCUUAUGUUAUCGAAAAGGAGAGAAGUGAUCUCGAAAAAACUCAGGUAGCCCAACAACGACAGAUGCUUUUGGGUCCUUCUGCCGCAGUGCAAGCAGCAAAGAAACACUGA